GAGGAAGAAAAGGAGGGUCACGUGGUGUCCACACUUUUCCACAGAAUGGUUUCCAACAGGACUUCAAUUUUUGACAAAACCACUACUUUUUCUUAUUAAAUUACCGUUCUGAUAUAAACGUAGAGAUUUUAAGAUGUAAUUUACUUGUUAAAACGUCACUCCAGUAGCAAUAGCAGGGUAACUGAUGUGAGCUAAUGUUUUUACUUUUCAAUUAUUUAUUAACAUACCGGCUGCUAAGUUGUCAACAAUGAAGUGUCACUACGAAAUUCUUGGUGUCAAACGAGAUGCUGGAGAUGAUGAUCUGAAGAAAGCUUAUCGCAAAUUAGCACUGAAAUGGCAUCCAGAUAAGAACUUGGACAAUGCCGAGGAAGCUGCAGAACAAUUUAAGCUGAUUCAGGCCGCGUAUGAUGUUCUCAGUGAUCCACAGGAGAGAGCCUGGUAUGACAAUCACAGGGAAGCCUUGCUCAAAGGUGGCCUCAGUGGAGAUUAUGAAGAUGACAGCAUAGACCUGCUUCAGUACUUCACUGUCACUUGUUAUUCUGGCUAUGGAGAUGAUGAAAAGGGCUUUUAUGCAGUCUAUAGAAAUCUAUUUGAGCUGAUUGUAAAGGAGGAGAUGGAGCAUUCUAAGGUGGAGGAGGAAGUUGAAGACGAUGCAUUUCCAUCUUUCGGAGACUCUCAGAGUGAUUAUGAUAGUGUGGUGCACAUAUUUUAUGCUUACUGGCAGAGUUUUUGCACUCGAAAAAACUUUGCCUGGAAAGAAGACUAUGAUACAAGGCAAGCAUCCAACCGCUGGGAAAAACGGGCUAUGGAGAAGGAGAAUAAGAAGACCAGAGAAAAAGCUAGAAAGGAGCGUAAUGAGCUGGUGCGUCAACUAGUGGCCUUUGUACGGAAGCGUGAUCGGCGGGUACAGGCUCACAGAAAGCUGGUUGAGGAACAAAACGCUGAGAAAACCAAGAAGGUUGAGGAGCUGCGACGUAAGCAGAAACUUGACCAAGCUAAGCUGGCCGAAGAAUACAAGGAGCAGAGCUGGGCUGCCAUGUCUGAACUGGAGAAAGAAUUGCAGCAGAUGGAGGCUGAGUAUGGAGAGGAGUUUGGAGAUGCAUCAGAGAGUGAAGAAGAAGAGCUGGAUGUGGAUACACAAGAAAAAGAUGCUGAGGAGCCUGAUGCAGAGGAGCUCACUCUUGAUGAGUUUGACUUAUACUGCCUAGCCUGCGAUAAAUCCUUCAAAUCAGAUAAAGCUAAAAUGAACCAUGAAAAAUCCAAAAAGCAUCGGGAGAUGGUGGCAUUGCUACGGCAACAGUUGGAGGAGGAAGAUGACUCACUCAGCCUGAAGCUGGAUGAAGAAGAACAAGAAGAGGAAAAUGAGAAUGAAGAGGAGGAGGAGGAGGAAGAAGAUAAACCCAAGCAAAAACUUUCCAAAAAACAGAAGAGAAAAAAAAAACUACAGAAAGUGAACCAUAGCGCUCCAAAGGAUGAAGUUCAGCCUGAGGAAACCAGCUCAAGUGUCAAAGACCCUGAAGAAACCGAAGAACCCACAAAGUCAGAAGAGAAGAGAGACCCAGCUCCCUCUCAGGCCAAGAGUUCUGGAAAAACUAAAGCGAAAAAAGGAGUCAUAAAAGACACAACGAAACCUACGAUGGCACAAAAUGGAGAACAAAAUACAGAGAAAGAAGUAGACUUCCGCUGUGUGACCUGUAACAAUGAGUUUCCAACACGAAACAAGUUAUUUGACCAUCUUAGAACCAGUGGUCAUGCGUCGGCGCUUUCCCACAACGCUGUUCAGAAUUCCUCUGGUAAAAAUAAGAAAGACAAGAAGAAAAACAGAUAAAACACCUCCACCAUCUUUGUGAUGGGAUGAAACUGUUCCACAAAGAGACAGAGGAAGAACCUGUAUUUUAAUGGACCACACAGGGAAACCAUCACAAUUUUAGGAAUCUUGUUGAACAUGAAAAGAGCCUUUUGCAUGGACACGUGAAAGACAGAAACUAACAGAAACUGAUAUUUACAAUUAUUGUAAAUAAAGUGACUUGUGAGACAAGACUCUGCAGAGAGGAGGGUUUAUGUUGCAUUUGAAAUAUUAAUUUACACCUUCUUUGCCAUAAUAAGUUCAGGAGCUAAUUUUAAAAGACGUAAUGACUUAUCUUUGACAGGUGCACUGCAGGUCACUGUGGUGGAUGUGGUAACUGCUUGUCCUUUACUGCACAACACAACAAAAAUUUACAUACAAUUAUUUAAUUUCCAAAUGAUUAAUGGACCAAAAUGCAUAAUCGAUUUGUCCAUGGGGUUUAAGCAGCACAGUAGCUUUAUGGAAAAAUGCUGAAAAUGUUCUGAUAUUUGCAUUAUGUCCAAUAAAGGCUUUUCAUCAACU